GGACAAACAUCCUCCUUGUGUAGCGGCGCGCUUCAGUUAGCCAGUGAAGUCCGGUGAGCGGGUGCCUGUGGUUCCGCUUCCACCCGAGCUAGGCGGUCAUGGCCGGGCCGCCGGGCGGAGAGGGCGGAGAGAGCCGGGCCGCCCUGGAGCUGGCCCAGGCUCGCUUCGACGAGGGGCAGUUUGCCGAAGCCCAGGCGCUGUACUCUGCAUUCAUUGGCCAGUACGCGAGUCGCCGGAGCAGAUGCAGCCCUGAGGAUUUGGCCACCGCAUAUAACAACAGGGGGCAAACCCACUACUUGAGCGUUGAUUUUUAUGAAGCCAUGGAUGACUACACAUCUGCCAUAGAAAUCCUGCCCAACUUUGAAGUUCCGUAUUACAACAGAGGCUUGAUACGCUAUAGGUUGGGGUAUUUUGAUGAAGCUUUGGAAGAUUUCAAGAAGGCAUUAGCCCUGAAUCCUGGAUUUCAAGAUGCUGUUUUGAGCUUAAAACAGACUAUUUUAGACAAAGAAGAAAAGCAACGAAGAAAUGCUGAAAAAAGUUACCGAAACUUUUAGCUUAUUGAGAUUUUAACUCAUGAUCCUUAAAUCUGCAUGUGUCUGGCUCUAAGAUAGGCACAGAAGUAUUUUCAGUAUAUGUGAGAGAGUGUAUUUUAGAAGUGAAAGUAAAAUACUGUGUAUUAAUUUCAACACCAUGUUGGAUAGAUCUUUUCACAGAGUAAAUAAAUAAUACCAAUGUAUAAAUGUAUAUUAUUUCUGCAAAAUACUUAAAUAAAUAUGUAUUAUUUUUAGUAAAGGU